CCAGGACUACGACACUUGGCCACUGAUGAUCGACGCCAUGCCCAACGUCCAAGCCCCCCAAGAUCGAUUCCGUCUCGUCUGGAUCAUCUUCUUCAUUAUGGGCUUGGGCGCUCUGCUGCCGUGGAAUUUUUUCAUUACAGCCUCAGCGUACUUCAGAGAUCGGCUCAAAAGUGUGCAGAACGAGAGCAGCAUCAACGGAAGCCUCGUCAACAACGGGAGCGUCGCCGCAAACGGCACCCAACAGGCGCAGGGGACGGACAGCGUCCUCGCGAAAUGCUACGACGGGACCAUGGCACUCGUGUCCACGGUGGCCAUCCUCAUCGCCUCCGUCCUCACCACCCUCGUGCAAUCGACAGUGUCUGCCAGGGUACGCAUUUUGAUUGGCCUGAACGGAAACCUGGCCAUGUUUGUGCUGACAGCGGUGCUGGUGUGGGUCAAGAUGCUGUCCCCGCAAGAUUUUUUCAUCAUCACCAUAAUAAGCGUGUUCAUCAUCAAUAUGUUUGGUACGGUGUUUGAGGCCAGCCUGUUCGGCCUGGCGGGUCAGUUCCCCACCAGCUACACGAUGGCCCUGAUGAGCGGCAUUGGCGUAUCCGGAAUGUUCACGGCCCUGGCCAUGAUCUUCACUCUCCUCGGUAACAAAUGUCGGACGCACGACAUCACAGCGGCAUUGGGAAGGGGUCCAAGCCAAAACUGGGACGCGUUGGCCAGGGACGGUGGGUGGAGGGUGUGGGUGGAGAAUACAACGUCAACUGUGAAACGCGCUGCUUUCUCUCUAUCCUGCAGGCAGCAGCGACAACAGCUCGGUGGCGUUCUGGUAUUUCGUGACGGCCUGCAUCAUAACCGUGAUCACCAUCUUGUGCUAUUUGUCGCUCUCCCGCCUGGUGGGCCCCACCGCAGCACCGCACGUGAGCGCAAUGGAGACUUUCAGGUUGACACCAUGUGCCAGGACAACAAACACAUCUUAAACGUUCGCCAAAGCGUUAUCAGAAAAUGUGCCAUCAUGAAACAGAUCUGGAUGCCGGCCUUCUCGGUGUGCUGCGUGUUCUGGAUCACCUUCACCCUCUUCCCAGCCAUCACCGUUCGCGUCGACACCGUCACUGACGAUAGCAAAUGGAAAACAUUCUUCCAGCCAGUGUUCGGCUUCCUCGCAUUUGGCUUCAGUGACUUCGUGGGGCGCAGCCUCACGGCCCUCUACAUGUGGCCCAAGGCGGACAGCUGGUGGCUGCCGGUGCUGGUGGUGCUGCGUCUGGUGUUCGUUCCGUUGCUCCUCCUCUGUAACAUCGCCUCCAGGCCCCUGGGCAUAACCCCCUUCAGACACGACGCCGCCUUUGUGAUCAUCAUGCUGCUGAUGGGCACAAGCAACGGUUACCUUGCCACGCUGUCCAUGAGCUAUGGGCCCAAGUAA